ACAUUUUCAGAUCAGAGACAGCCCGGAACAGUAAGUUGUCGGGACUCUUCCUGUUUUCGUUAUAUCACGAAUGGGGUUAAAAUAACUCUAUUCCUAUUAAAAGGUACUCGUGUGAUACUGCACAACAGAGGCACUGAGGGUAUUGCUGCACAAGUUUGGGAACGCCAUGGCAGGUGAGGGCGAGGAAGGAAAAACAAAGUCAUUCAAGCUCCUGGGAAUCCUUGAUAUCCAGAACAUUCCCUGUGCCAGAGGGGCUGUGCUGCAUGGAUCAGCUGCAUCCAUCUUAGUUGGUUUAGGACACUUCUUGGCAACAAGCAGAGUCAAAAGAUCUUUUGAUUUUGGUGUAGGAGGGUUCAUGUUGACAACACUGGGAUCUUGGUUCUACUGCAGAUACAACAAUGCUAAGCUUCGAAUGCAGCAAAAAAUGAUCAAAGAUGGAUUAAAAAACAAAGUCAUGUAUGAAGGUACCAGUCUGGACCCAACAAGAAAAUAGAACAGCAGUCAAGGGGAUGGGUCAUGAUGAACAAUUCGAUAACUCACUAAAGUGGACAUUCUACUGGAAACCCAUACUAAUCAACAUGUUUCGGAAGCUGUGCCUUUUCCUUAAGGAACAUAAAAGCUUCUAAUGAAAAAUACUGUUAUGUUAGUUUAUUGUACUGGCUUACAAAGUGAGCCAUUGCAAGCAUUUACUGAAUAAACUGUUUUAUAUUGUAA